AUGGCGCACAUCAGUCGGGUGGACGGUCUGCGCAAUGUGGGCAUUAAUUCGACGACGAGAAACAAGCCGAAUCAGGAACUGUCUUGCGGUCAAGCAAAUAUUCGGUCCCUCCCGCAGCGAAAUCUCUCGCCACAGCCAAAGAUUAAAGCAAAGGAUGUUGCUGCUACAACCGAUAGGAUUGCCGAAAAAGCUGGCCACAUAUCGCGCCAACGAAGUCAUACAACACGUGGACCUGUACGCGUCUACAACACUCAAAAGAAAGUAAGCAGUGAUGGUCUUCCGCCAGUUGGCCCUGGUCUGCCUCUCAGUCGGCGUCCGAAAGUUGGUGAUUCGAUGGAGAGAGUGCCAGAGCAAGCAGGGAACGCAGCUUCUGGAAGUGUUGUCUCCGGAGCGCCUAGUGCUGUGGCAUCCAGAAAGCCGAAUAAUACAGUCCUCGAAUUUGCACCUUGUUUGCGCAGCCGAGUUGCGCAAAAGAAAUCUGAAUCGAAAGCUGCUACUGGGAGUGCGACGGCUCCCGUUCGUGGUACGGUUUCUGGCAGUGCUGGCACUGCUGCUCCACCGGUACGUCCGCGACGAAGUGUGGCCGAAAGGGAAGCGUUUUUCCGGCGAUUGAGUACGCCGAAAUCAGUGGUCGCGGCGAAGAAGUGUGCCAAGUGA